AUGAACAAUAGUAACGGGUCGAGAGUUGAGGAGCUCUUGCUAAUUAGACAAAUGAAUAAAGAGGAGUUUACUGAUUUGAACGGGAAAGCGGUUCGUUCCCUUGUCUCAGUUGAGAGAUACUUGAACGAAUCCGGGAACCAUACAGAUCAGCAUCAGCUUAUGCUUUUACAGUGUCACCGUGUCAACCCCAAAGAUUUCAGUUUACCUGAUGGGUGGAUCGUUGAGAAGAAACCACGGAGAAAUUCCAGUCAUAUAGACAGGACUUACAUUGAGCCAGGAACGGGGAAUCAAUUCCGUUCCAUGGCUGCUGUUGAGAGAUACUUACAAGCAACCGGGAACAGUACACUUGACUCUGUUUCCAUGGAGCGUUCUGAGCGGCUUUCUCUUACCGGAUUUCAGGCCGAGGUUAUUGACCAAAACCCACCAGAUAAAGUGAAAUGGGUCCUUACCGGUCCAGACGGGAAUAUGUUUACUGCAAACAUGAGCGGAUCGGAUGUCUCCAGCUCGAUUAAACAGAAAUGGUCCGAGGCGUUUGUUUCAUUGAUCCAAGGCCGCUCUUAA